AAAAGGAAAGCUGUCCUUACAUGCCCCACUUAGACAGCACUAGAUAAUGUUGAAGAGUUUUCAAGUACAUUGUCAUGGCCAAAAUUGCUUCUAAAGCUGGCAAUUCUGUAGACUUGUAACAAUAACAACCAAACAUUAUUUCUCCCUAAUCUUAGGUCCUCAAAACUUUAAUUUCUUGUGGAAUUUCUCUAGAAAAAGAUGAGAUUUUUUGGAAAAUACAGGUAUUCAAUUUCUGGGUUUUUGUCGUAGAACAGUAAUUUUAAGUUUUUGGUUGAAAUGGAAGAGAGAGAAUUGGGAAAUGGAAGAAGAAUUAAGUCAGUGAAAGCAGCCAUUAACAUGUAUGGAGGAGGCAAGAUCAAUCAAGUUACUAAUACAGGAAAGAAGUCUCAGAAUGAUGCAUCAAAUUCUGAGAAAAGUACUUCGAAGGCUCAAGAACUUCACCUUGCAAAGAAUACAAUCAACCAAAUCAAAGAAAACAGGAUAAUAGCCGAGUCAGAAAAAUCCCAAGCUGAGUUCGAACUUAUGAAGGCGAAAAAGUUAGUUAGGGAACUCAACUUGCAUAUAGAACAGUCAAAAUCAAGGGCUAAAUUGUUUAAGAAAGGAGAGAAGGUUGAGGAAAAACCGGUACAAGAGGAUGAUGAUCGGUAUGAAGCAGUGACGAGAGAAGUUGAAAUUGUGAAGCGAGAACUCAGCAAGAUUAAGCUCGAGAUAGAACGCACGGUAGAAGAGAAAUUCCGGGCAGAGAAAGAAGCAGAUGCUGCUGGUUCAAGACUUGAGUCUUACACUUGCAGUGCUGACAGAUUGAGGAGAGAGAUUGAAGAAGCCAAAGAAGAGGAGGUACUGGUUGAGUUAGCUCAAAUUCAGGCACGGAAAGAACUUGCAGAGAUUGAAGCUCAGAGAAAAGAAGAAGAAGAAAGAUAUUUAAUCUUGAUUGAAAAAACUAAAAGAAAGAUCAGUGUUUUGAGGGAUGAGAUUGAAGAUAUGAAAGAUCUUGAAGAGAAAUUAGAACUUACUAACUCAGAUGCUGAUGUAUUGCAAUGUGAGCUGAAUAUGAUUAAGGAGAUGGACAGUAAGUUUCGGAGGAGUGGGAGAAUGAAGGAAUCGACUUUGCAAUCGAUCACAAAAGAUUUGGAGGCAGCCAGUAAAGAAUUGGAGGCCAUCAAAGCAAAAGGGUUUCAGAUUAUGAGUAGUAUGGAUGGAAUCAGAAAGCAGAUGAUAAACAUUUCGAAGGAGAAGGAUAAAAUUGUGAAAAUGGAAGCAAUAGCCGUUAAAUCUGUAGAUAAGCUGAGCUCGAAAAUUCUAAGAGCAAAAGACAAGUUCGAAGUUGCCAGAGCAUCCGAGGAGAAGGCAAAAUCAAUAUUACCAACUUUCUCCCUGUCUUUAGAGAAAUUAAACAAAGAAAAGGAGGUGGCGAAGAAAGAGGAAAAGAAACUGAAAGAGGAGAGAGACAACAUCAGGGCUGAGAUUCAGAGAAUCGAGUCUGAAAGUGAGACAAAUGAAGAGAGACUACAAACUGUACUCGAGGAGCUUGAAAAGGUUAAAACAGCAGAAGCAAAAGUACUUGAGAUAUUAGAAGCUUUGGCGAAAAAUGCAGUAAAAGCACGGACUUCCAAGACAAAAUCUACCAUCACAAUAUCAAAAUUUGAGUAUGAAUAUUUAACAGGAUGUGCAGCAGAAGCUCAAGAUAUUGCAGACAAGAAAGUGGUAGCAGCUCAUGCAUGGGCAGAAGCAUUGAUGGCGAAUGAGAGAGAGACAAAGAUAAAGACUACUCUAGUUGAGAAAGAGAUUGAAGGCCUGAAGCUCAGGGAAGAGCAAAGGGUUAAUAAUACGGAAGACUCAGAAAACGAGGCAGGAUUAGGAACAGAAAAGCUGCAGAAAACCAGACGCCAAAAGAACAAGAGCUUUCAGGAAAGAAGAAGAUCAACCAGAGAACAGGAUUAUAGCAUAACACCAGUAAGACAAGCAAAGUUCCGGAAAUCUGUUGGGUCUCCAGCUAUGAGACGAAUGAGCACUUCAUCUUCUUUAACUGUGAAGAGAAGGAGAAGAAUAAUGCUGAGAUUUGCAAAAUAUUUUGCUAAUAAACAGAUUGAGAAUGAGAAGUCAGUUCCCUUGAAGGAAGACAGUCCUAGAGAAUCACAUUCUUCAGAGUAACUAUUUUUUGAGGGGUGAGAUUUUGUAACAAGUACAUAAUGUAAUUUAGAUUAGUGGGAUAUGCUGGAUAUGCUUUAAUUUUAUUUUUUGCUGAAGGUACUUCCCAAAUUUUGAUUCUUAUGAAGUUCACUAGUAAAUUUCUGCA